AGCCAUCAAAAUUGUGAUUUGUGCGUUUCAGAAUCUGAAAGGAGUACAAUAAUUGGAUUCUGUAGACAUUGUAAGGGAUAUUUAUGUGAAACAUGUUAUCAAACUCAUACAAAAGCAAGGGCAUUUAGACACCACGUUAUAGAUAAAGGUACCACUGCAAAACAAAGUGUCGAUACGGAUGUGUCAUCGCUUGGAAACGAAGACAUUUACGAACAGAUCUGUAAAAAGCACAAUAAUGAGAAGACUUCGUUGUUUUGCAGAAGGCACAUGGCGGUGAUAUGUGGACGAUGUUUAAAGAAAAAUCACUUGAACUGCGAAAAUCAAUUGGUGGAUCUCGUUGAGGUUUCUCAUCCAAGCACAGACCGAUUGAACGAUAUUAUCCAUGGGUUAGAGGAUUUACUGAUUGACGCAAAAUGUCUACAAAAGAAUGUAAAUAUCAGCAGAGAGAAUAACAAUUCAGCCAAAGAAAAUAAUUUCAAAGCUGUACGGGAUUUCAGAAAAGAUAUUGACGAUUAUUUUGACAAGUUACAACGCGAAAUAGAACAUGAAAUAACACAAUGCCAUGCGAACAAAGAAGACAUAUACACGGAACAACUGAAAACAAGCUUUGUGGUAGAAGAUACAGUGCUGAUAAAACAACAGCAACUUGAUUCCAUGGUACAGCAAAAUCUGAAAAGUACUCUUUAUGUAGCAACUGAUAAUUUAGGAAAAGAAAUAGCUUCGCUCAACAAAACCCUUAUUGAAGCUGCAAGGAAACCCAUGAAUCCAAUGUAUGAAUUUCAGACAAAUGAUGUAUUUCAAAACCUGAUGUCAACGCACAAUAUAUUUGGAACAGUAGAAGAUAUUCCAUCCGGGAGCGAUGAACUUACGCACACAAUAACACGCAAGCACGAGUCUGAUCAGGCAACCAUCGAUGGCGGGAGACACGGGCGUGUGAAACAAUGUUCCUCAAUCAGACACGGUGCCAUUGAUCGAAGGAUAAAAAUACAAAGGCCGUUCAUUAACGAAAAACAUUGUGCAUUCAAAACAUGUAGUUCGGUAAUAACUGCGGUGGUUGUCGUGGCAGGAAUCGGCAAUUGUCCAUCAGGAUAUACUCCGAUUAAACACGACUUUGACUUCAAAGACGCUUGUCUAGGGAGAGAUGAAAUGAUAUGGAGAAGUCCAAGUCGGUACUUAUGUGUCAAAAGAGCCGAACCUAAACGAGGUCUCGAGGUGCUGGUGGAUGUGUCUAUCACCAACGUACGAGACCCAGUGCCUGCUGGUUUUACAGUGGUUGACACAUUGAAAAGCACGAAUCCAUCCUCAGGAGAAAUGAAGAAGAAACUGCUGUGUGUUUGCUGGAUGAAUGCUAGCAUAACCAUGAGCGCCAUUUCAGAUAUCUUCUUUCUGAGAAGAUGCCACCGCAAACUUUCUAAAGAAUUCAUCAUGGUCGGUGACCUGAAUAACAUGACGUUGUGCUACACGAUGUCCGAGAUCAAGGCAAAAUAGUUCAUCAGAAAUUAGAGACACACCCAUAGACAACAUGUAUAUUUUUUGGAGCAGUAUUGUUUAGAGAGUUUAGAGAGUUUUUAUAUCAAAAUGAUAUAUGUAAAAUAUGUUUUUAAAUACUUGACUCUCAAGUAGAAUAUUACUAUGAUGAAUAUAUGUUGUAAAAUCAGAAAGGGUUCCAAAAAGGCCAAAGUUUAUGCUGUUGACAUCAAAUCUGAUAUAAUGCCAGUUAAAGCCUCUUUGCAUUACUGUUCCAUUGCACAAAAAUUUAGCUUGGUAAAUCCUAAUAGUUAUAGAGGAUGUUCACGUAUUGAUGCGUUAAGCAAGAUUUAUAGCAUUAUUGUAAUCGCCCAUGUGACUUUAAAUGUUGAAGCAAAUAGUAGAUUAUCAGAGUGUCAGGCUAGUUUUAGAAAAGAUCAUUGUGCUACGGAUAAUGAUUUUGUAUUACAAAUAUAUUAUGUAAUAACGAAAUACUUACAAAGAAAACUGAAGCCCUUUUUGUUGCUUAUAAAGAUUUCAAGAAGCAUUUGAAUCU